AUGUCAAGCCAGAAUCUGGUGACUGUAACUCCGGAUAAGGAUAAUGAUGAAAUUGCGAUUGUGACAAUGCAGAGACCCCCCGUAAACAGCUUAAAUCUGGAAUUGUUGCAAGCACUGAGCAAAACCCUUGAUGAACUUUCAACCAGUGACUUUAGAGCUAUGGUUUUGACAUCUGCCUCACCUACAGUGUUUUCAGCUGGGCUAGACAUAAUGGAAAUGUACAAGCCAGACUUGAAGCGAGCAGAACAGUUUUGGUCUACACUUCAAGAUGUUUGGUUAAAACUAUUUGAGUCUAACCUUAUUACCGCUGCUGCUAUUAAUGGUCAUGCACCAGCUGGUGGCUGCCUUUUGGCAAUGUCGUGUGAAUACAGAGCGAUGGUCAGUGGAAAAUAUAGCAUUGGUUUAAAUGAGACUGCUUUAGGAAUCGUCGCACCAAGAUGGUUUAUGGACUGUAUGCUUAACACUAUUUCUCAGAGGGAGGCUGAAAUCGCCCUGACCACAGGAAAACUAUUUUCUGUAGAAGAAGCCUUAAAGGUUGGGCUUAUAGACGAAACGGCCAAAGAUAAAGAAGACGCGAUAAACAAGUGUUUAGGGUUCAUAGAGAAAUUCGAGAGCAUUCCCCCCCUACCGAGAUCGAUGACUAAGCAAAAAUUCAGAGCUAACGGUGUCCAGUGGCUGAAGGCGAACAAACAAGCGGACAUAGAUGAAUUCGUACACUUCCUCAAAUUCCCUCAAGUACAACAGUCUCUGGAAAUGUACAUACAUAUGUUGAAAUCGAAACAGAACAAAUCAGAAUAA